UAGAAAAGGUAUAAAAAGCAUGAAAGAUACAAAAGAUAUAAAAGGUACAAGAGGUAUGAAAGGUACAAAAGGUAUGAAAGAUACAAAAGGUAUAAAAGGUACAAAAGGUAUAAAAGGUACAAAAG